AUGGGUGGUAAAAACUCAACAGAACACAGACAGGAAGCUUUUGAACAAACCACACUCGACAUUGCCGUCACAGGGACUUGGGGUGUUGGUAAAUCAUCCCUUGUCAAUGCCCUGCGAGGUCUGUCAGAUUAUGAUGAGGGGGCCGCUGAAACUGGUGCGCUGCAACCUACAAUGGAGCCAGUGGGCUACCCCCACUCCACCGUUCCAGAUGUAAUAAUAUGGGACCUACCAGGAAUUAGGCCACCUAAUUUCAAAGCUGAGGAAUAUCUAGAAAGGGUAAAUGGCAGCCAAUACGAUUUCUUCAUAUUUGUUGUUUGCAAUCGCUUCACUGCCUAUGACAUCGAGCUGUCCCAUGCCAUUCAAAAGAUGAAGAAGCAGAUCUACUAUGUGCGAUCCAAAGUGGACAUCAGCGUUGAGGCUGCAAAACGGAAACCAGGCUUCAGUGAGGAAGCCACCCUUCAAAACAUCAGGAAAUAUUGCCUUAAUUGUUUGGUGAAGGCUGGUAUUUCUUCUCUGAAGAUUUUCCUCACCUCUGUUUGGAAUCAGGGCAUGUAUGAUUUCCCUCUCCUCCUGAGUACCUUAAAGAACGACAUUGCUGAAUUCAGAAAAUAUAUCUCAAGACCAGCAGCUCUGCAGGACACGGAAAAGAGAAACCACGACGGAUCAACUAAUCAAGGACUGAAUGAGUUGAAAAAAAACACAUUUGAAAUUGCCAUCACAGGGGUAUCAGGUGCUGGAAAAUCAUCUUUUGUUAAUGCCCUGCGGGGGAUAUCAGAUUUUGAUGAAGAGGCAGCCAAAACUGAUGUGAUAGAAGGAACAAUGGAGCCAACAGGUUACCCACACCCUACUUUUCAAAAUGUAACAAUAUGGGACUUACCAGGAAUUGGGACACCUAAUUUUAAAGCUGAGGAAUACCUAGAAAGAGUAAAUUACAGGCGAUACAAUUUCUUCAUCAUUGUGGCUUCUAAUCGCUUCACUGACUAUGACAUCCAGCUGUCCCACGCAGCUCAGGAAAUGGGGAAGCAGUUCUAUUACGUGCGCUCCAAAAUGGACAACAGUAUUAAGAAUGAAAAAAUCAAACCAGACUUCAAUGAAGAAGCCACUAUUCAAAAAAUCAGGAAAUACUGCCUUAAUAAUUUGGUGGAGGCUGGCGUUUUGUCUCCAGAGGUUUUCCUCAUCUCCAGUUGGUACCGGGAUAAGUAUGAUUUCCCCCUCCUGCGAAGGACUUUAGAGAACGUAAUGGACGAGAGUCAUGAGAGAUCAACUGAGCUAUCUCUAAGUAUUGGAAUUUACAAUUUCAUCUCAAAAACAAACUUAACAUUAGACCUCGCAAAGUUGAGAGGCACUGUAGCGCAAAAAUCUCUCAAAGAAGUGACAGCUGAAAUUCGUCGCGAAUUGGAUGCCUUAGAAAAUGCCAAGCUUAAUAUCGCGAUCACAGGGGCUUCGGGUGCGGGUAAAUCGUCCUUUGUCAAUGCCCUGAGAGGCAUGACUGAUUAUGAAGAAGGUGCAGCCAGUACUGGAGUGAAGCAGACAACUAUGGAAAUCCAUGAGUAUCCUCAUCCCUUAUUUCCCAAUGUAAUUUUAUGGGAUCUACCAGGUAUUGGGACACCAGAAUUUCUGCCAAAGGAUUACCUACAGAAGGUCAAUUUCAGCAAGUACGAUUUCUUCAUUCUGGUUUCCUCUGAACGCUUCACUUUGCACGAUGCCAUGCUGGCCGAAGAAAUCCAGAAAAUGAAGAAGAAGUUCUACUACGUGCGCUCCAAAAUGGACGUCAGUAUGGCUUCGGAAGCUAGGAACCCAGACUUCGAUAUGGACAAAACCAUUGAGGAGAUAAGGGACUACUGCUGUGAGAAUUUGAAAAAGGCACGGGAGACUUCUCCAAGGGUUUUUCUCAUCUCCAGGCAUGAUUUGGACAUGUAUGAUUUCCCACUCUUGCAAGAGGCUUUAGAAAACGACAUGGAUGGUCUCAAGAAGCACGCUUUUAUAGCAUCUCUGCCCGUUUUCUCACGAAUAAUCCUGACAAAGAAAAAGGCUGCAAUGGAGGAUCUUAUAUGGAAAGUAGCCCACACAUCUUGUAAUAUUGCAAUGAUUCCUGUCCCAGGAUCCUGUGUCAUCUGUGAUUGGAACAUCUUGGUGGUGACCAUGAAACUCUUCUACAAGGUCUUUGGCUUGGAUGAGGAUUCUCUCCGCAGAGCUGCGAAACUGGUUGGCAAAGAUUACGACGUAUUGAAAGCCGCUAUCAAAAAAUCUCCAGUAUCCAGCGAGAUCACUCCAGAAUUCAUCAGCGGCCUCUUAGCCAAGUCAUGGCUGUGUUGGUCUGUGAUGACGGUACAAACGGUCUUGGAUUUUGUACCUCUGUUGGGCUCUCUGGCUGGUGGAGCUAGUUCUUUUAUCAGUACAUUCCACAUGCUGAAGCGUUUCCUGAAAGACAUCGUGGAAGAUGCAGAGAAUGUUCGUGCAACGGCUACUGAAUCAUCAAGAAGAGCCAUGGAAGGGAAAAGUUCAACACCAGUGGUAAGCAGUGAACCUGAAGAGAAGUCUGGCAGGGAAAAAGGAAAUUUCUCAGAUCUGACUGCAUCAAGAAAAACCACACUUGACAUUGCCAUCACAGGACUGACGGGUGCUGGUAAAUCGUCCCUUGUCAAUGCUUUGCGGGGUCUAUCAGAUUUUGAUGACGAAGCAGCCAAAACGGAUAUGAUAGAAGGAACAACAGAGCCAAUGGGUUACCCACACCCCACCUUUCAAGAUAUAACAAUAUGGGACCUACCAGGAAUUGGGACUCCUAAUUUUGAAGCCAAGGAAUACCUAGAAAGAGUAAAUUAUAGCCAAUAUGAUUUCUUCAUAAUUGUUGCUUCAAAUAGCUUCACUGUCUAUGACAUCCAGCUGUCCCAUGCAAUUCGGAAAAUGAAGAAGCAGUUCUACUAUGUGUGGUCCAAAAUGGACCUCAGCAUUAGUAAUGAAAAACUGAAUCCAGACUUCAAUGAGGAGGCAAUCCUUCAAAAAGUCAGAAAAUGUUGUUCUGAUAAUUUGGUGAAGGCUGGUAUUUCUUCUCCGCACAUUUUUCUUGUCUCCAGUUGGUAUCCAGAAAAGUACGAUUUUCCCCUCCUGCAAAAGACCUUAGAGAAUGAAAUUAAGGCUCCGAGGAGACAUAUCUUAACACCAGCUGACAAAUCAACCAAAUCAUCCAAAGGAAGUGGAAUCCAUUUCUUCCUCCCUCAAAAACUCUUAAAAAUCGACCUUGCAAAGCUGAAGGAUGCUCUGAUGAAUAGAAAUCUUGAAGAGGUGACUGAGGAAAUUCGUCAAGAGUUAGAUGAAUUAGAAAACGUCAAGCUUGACAUCGCCAUCACAGGAGUGUCGGGUGCUGGUAAAUCAUCUCUUGUUAACGCCCUGAGGGGCAUGAGUGAUUAUGAAGAAGGUGCAGCUGAGGUUGGAAUAAUGCAAACCACUAUGGAGUGUCACGCCUAUCCACAUCCCUUGUUUCCGAAUGUAACCAUCUGGGAUCUGCCAGGGAUCGGGACCCCUGAAUUUAAGCCACAGGAUUACCUCAGGAAGGUCAAUUUUAGCCAAUACGAUUUCUUCAUGAUCGUCGGUUCAGAACGUUUCACAGAGAAUGACGUCCUCCUGGCUCAGGAAAUUAAGAAAAUGAAGAAGACAUUUUACUUCGUGCGCUCCAAAAUGGAUGACAGUAUAGCUGCUGAAAUUAGGCGACAAAACUUCAAUAUGGAAAAAUCUGUUCAGAAGAUACGUGAAUAUGUCUGUGAUAACCUGAAGAAGACAGGACAAUCUAAUCCAAGGGUUUUCCUCAUCUCCAGCCGAAAUAUGAGUAUGUAUGAUUUCCCAGAUCUGCAGGAAACCUUGGAAAAUGACCUGGACGAUCUCAAGAGACACGCCUUAAUUAUGGCUAUGCCACUUUUCUCAAGAAAAAUCCUUGCAAAGAAAAAGGCUGCUAUGGAGGCCCUUAUAUGGAAACUUGCUAUUGUAUCCUGUGUUUUGGGGGCUAUUCCUAUCCCGGGACUUUCUUUUGCUUGUGAUCUUGGCAUCUUGACAGGCGCACUGAUCCAUUUCUACAAAGCCUUUGGCUUGGAUGAAGAGUCCCUCCGCAGAGUUGCCAAAGUGUUUGGCAAAGAUUACCAAGUGCUGAAAUCUGCGAUCAAAAAGUCUCCGAUGUCCAGCGAGAUUACACCCAAAUUUGUAAUUGGCCUCUUGGGCAGGUCAUUGUUUUUUGCAAGUCUCACAAUAAUUGAACUGGUCUUGGAUUUCGUACCAGUGUUGGGCACUCUGUUUGGAGGAGCUAGUUCCUUCGUCACCACAUUCUUCAUGCUGAGGAGCUUCUUGAAGGACAUUGUGGAAGAUGCAGAGAGUGUUCGGGCAAAAGCGACUGAGCCUUGAACCGUCACGAUGUCCUGGCACAAAGACCCAAGACACCAGUUGGGGAAGAGAAGGCCAAAUGCUAAAUGUCUGGAACUGUUCUCAGGACCAGAACUCAAGAACGAGUGAACAAGGCAACCGGAUUUGAAUUUCAGAUCAGAAGCUUAUUUUCCUUUUAAUUGAUUCCUAAGAUCAUUGAACUUUACAAUAUGAAAUAACAAAAAAAAGUCUAGAUUUUUCCAGAUUUGAAGCCUCCUUUUCCCAUCCCUGCUUGUCCAGAGCCAGUCAGGGCCUCUAAUGAAUGGCAGGCAUGGCAUAAUUCAAAUCAGAAUUUUAUUGAAGAAGAAGAAGCGCACGCUAGCUAGCUAAUACUGUGUAAUUGUGACCUUAUUUUUAGAUAUACAACUUUAAUGAUGAAUUUGCAGUUGUAUUUUAAUGCUAACUGGAAAAUGUUUAAUUUUAAAAUCAUUUCAUUAUGUUUUUCCUUUUCAAUUUUACCUUAUUCUGUACUGUUCUUAUGGCUUUUCUUUGCUAAUGCAAUAAAGAAUAAUUGAUUGAUUCACAAUAAA